AUGGCUUCUAACAGAGUCACCAAAAUCAAGGCCACCAAGAAGGCUGUUGCUAAGCCUACCAACAAGACCACUGCCAAGACCACUGGGGAGACUAGUCGUGAGCUACUGGAAGAAAGGCUCGAGUUUGUACUUACCUGUAUCAGAGAGACAGGCAUUAAGAUUGACUGGGCCGCUGUCAGCCGCCACUAUGAUAUCUCCGCCAACGCAGCGCAGCGGCGUCUUCUACGUGCUAAGGAUUGUGUUGCUAAGCUCGUGAGGGCUGGAGCAGCAGCUUCAAAGAAAGAUAAGACCCACGAGACCACGGAGGAUGAGGAGGUCUGA